CAAACAUCAAUUUGCAGUAGAAACCAAUGUUGACUUGAUGACUCUCUUCAGUUAAAUUAGCAAAUAUGGACAGUGACACCAAUGUGGAAUCUAUCACAUUAAUCCAAUGUUCCGUUUGCGGUCGUCAUUUCCGGGAAGACAUUAUUAAUCGUCAUCAAUCAGUAUGUAUUAAAAGCACAACAAAGAAGAGAAAAGUAUUUGAUAGUACUAAACAACGUACACAAGGCAUACCAAUUGUAAAUCAGAAAUCAUCUAUAAACGAUAAAUCAGCAGAAAAGGCAAGAAAACUAGCCCAAGUUGAAGCACGUAAACAUAACUGGCGACAAAAACAUGAAGAAUUUAUACAGUCCAUAAGAGCAGCUAAAGAGUAUACUAUUGCAAAACAGACUGGUAAACCGUUACCACCUCCACCUCCACCAACUAUUGAUCCAGAUUUUAUUCAAUGUGAAUAUUGUUUAAGAAGAUUUAAUGAAAAAGCUGCUGAACGCCAUAUCAAAUUUUGUCGUGAUAAACAUUCACGCUUGCCAGUUAACAAUAAUACGACAUCUAGUGUAAAUACUGGAAUUGGUCGUGGCCGCGUUGCCACACGUACAUCACUUGCAGCAAAAAGUGAUGUUCCUCAAAAUCAAACCACUACAAAUCCUUCUGGUUCACGACGUAUUCCAGGACCACAUACUACAACCACUGAAAAUGAUAAUCGAGCUUCAGUUAACAACAAUUCCAGUUCAGUACGAAAUGUAAAGCGUACAACACCACAGACGAUGAAACCAGCACAAAAUUCAACCACUCCUGGUGCACGAAAUUCUCGUGACCUGCACAAAACUAAUGAUGAAAUGAUAAAAUCACCUCAUUCAUCAAAAGAAGAGACUGCAUUACCAAAUUCUAACCGAAGUGUACCCACCAGUCAAACACGUCAAACUCAACAAGCCAGCAAAACUGUUAAUCAUUCACGGAACAGUUUAAAACCAACAGGUGGAGCAAUGACCAAUGACAAAGUAAAUAAAUUCUGUGCUGAAUGUGGAAGUACAUUUCCAAGUACAGCGGCAAGAUUUUGUCCAGAAUGUGGAAUGCGUCGUAUGGGAUUUUAAAACACUCCAAUUAUCUAAUCAAUCAAUUGUAUAUCAUCACAGGGCAUGGCUUUGUGAUACCACUGAGUGAGAGAAGUCGUUUUUUCCUCUCAGAUAAUAAUAAUAAUAGUAACUAUAACAAUACAGCAUUUUAGUAGAGAAAUAAAAGUUUGAAAGUUCCACACAGUGACAGGGUUCCCCCUUAACUCAGUGAGUAUAUAUAUAUUAGAAUGAAUGGUAACGUUACACAUAAAUUCUUGUAUUUGCUUAUUGUUACUACAUGUCGUAUACUUUACAUGAAAAUAUUGUUAUUACUGCAAUAAAAACCAAUCAUACAUGUUGGCUAAUUGAUAGAACCUGCCAUCAGUUCUUGGCCUAAUAGUCUGCAGUAAGUACGCACAAAAGUUCAUUCAUUGCUCAAUUGCAAUGUAUAUUACUCUUUUUAUACAUUAACAUUAUUAUUAUUAUUAAUAAUUAGUAAAUAGUAUCUUUGUUUGGCUACAAUGUAGUUUUGUGUAUCGCUCAGAUAUACAUAUAUACGCAUUCGUAUAUGCAUGAAUAUGAAUGAAUGCUUUCAUGUCCUCCCCUUCCCCGCUUUACACUUCUCCUUGAUGAUGCAUCUGACCAAUGGUGUUGCAUUCUCACAAAUGUACCAUUCCCCAGUUGUUGUUGUGUUUUUUUUACAUUUUGCUUUUUCACUUUUAAUUUCUCAAUUGUAGCUAUUCAACUAACACUGACGUUUUCAUUUCUCAUCGACAUAUGUUACCUAUGGUUAGCAUUGAGAAAAAAGACUACAACACGAAAACUUCUUUAUAUAAUUUGUGAUCUAUUCAAAAAAUCUGUCUAUUUAUUGUUUAAAACAACAAUGACGCUAUCCUGCUUUGCUUUCUUUCUUUCUUUCUUUUACUUUAAC